CACGUCACGCGCGAAAUUCAGACUGGGAAAACAACAGGCGUCGCGCGCCUUCAUCUGCAGCCUGUGUGUGUACUCGGUGUCUCUGUUCCGCGGUCUUUAAACAUUAUCUGAAACGUUUCUCAGCGAUGACGGAUCAAAGCUAUUACUCCCCGAGCUUUAAGAAGCCGUGUGAUGUCCUGCGCAUGAGGAGGAAACGGGUCCGGAGCGCGGCUGCAGCCUGCAGCGGCUCAGAGGGAGCCGAGCUCCGGCCUUUCUGCCCCGGACCGCUGCUCCACACUCACACGCGAGCGGGCGGCGGAGUGAAGCGCAGAAACCCGUUCGCCAACAUCGAAAACACGUUCAACAGUCCAAAGAAGAGAAAGAGUUCAGAAGACACGGCGGAGUGUAAGCGGGGGACUGGCGCUGUGUGUGAGGGAGAGGAGCCGAAUGCUAACAGCUUCCUGAGAGAAAACCUGUUCAGCAGCGACAGAAGAGCAACUAACGCCCGAGUUCAGUGUGGAUACAAAUCACCUGCACAACGCCCAGAGGAACCAGUUUGUUUUUCUGAAGAUCAGUCCUUAUUUGAAGAGGUUGUAUUUGAGGCAGAAAAAUCCACCCCUAUCCUGAAGAGUCCAGGAGCUCCUGAUCUUUGCAGUGAGUCCCGUCCGGAGGUGUGUAGAGAAUAUCCAGCAGACUGGAGCCUGAAGACCCGCGUGCUCGUCACCUCUCCACAGUCUUUCUCCUGGGCCGAGCAUCUGAAAGCUCAAGAGGAAGCCCAGGGCCUGAGCUUGCACUGCAGGGCAGAAUACACUCCUCUACCGCAGAAUAUCCAGGACCCUCGCAGCUGUGCAGAGCUCCGCUGUGGUUUCCAGCAGUGUCUGCAGUACUGGCAGCAUCCUUCUCUGCCGUGGCUCUCUCUGUUCCCCAGGAUCGGAGCCAAGCGCAGUUUCUCUGGCAAGAGUACGCCAUGGGCACAGGAUGCCGCCUUACAGCAGAGCCUGAUGAGUGAAUGGUCGGUGAGCCUGACUUCUCUGUACAGUCUCCUAAAGGCCAAACUCUGUCCAUACUUUUACCUUUGUUCCUACCAGUUCACUGUGCUGUUCAGAGCAGCAGGACUGAGUGGAGCUAAAGGCAUCACUGCACUGCUUUCCCCAACCACCAGGGGCCUGCGUGAAGCCAUGAAAGCUGAUGGGAUAGAGUUCUCACUCCCUCUAGUGGAAGAGAAAAGGAAGAGCAAAGAGAACAGCUCCUCUAAUCUAAAUGACAACUCUCAGCUGACUGAUGGAGAUGAACAAAGCAGUGCCUUGACAUCAGAGUGUAGUGAUAAGGAAGAGGAGCAGGAGGAGGAUGAGGAUGAUGAUGAUGAAUGUUUCUCCUGGCUGAAAGAGAUGGGGGUGCAAGACAAGAUCAAGAAGCCUGAUGCCAUCUCAGUCAAGCUGCGUAAAGAGCACAACGAGGUACGACUGGACCACAGGCCUGAAUCAGUAGUUCUGGUGGAGGGCUCAAACACAUUCACCUUAAUCAACUUCCUCAUCAACUGUAAGAGCCUGGUGGCUGCGGCUGGUCCUCAGGCAGGGUUACCCCCAACACUGCUGGCCCCAACAGCGUUCAGAGGAGCUACACUGCACACACUGAAGGCACGAAGUGUAAAUGUGAAGACCCAAGUGAGGACAGGCUAUCAGGAUGUGUGCAGUCUGGAGGUCACUGGCCCCAUAAUGCCCCAUGCACUACACACACUAACACAGCUCUUGAGACCAGCCCAGAAAGGAGGCUUCUCCAUGGCACUCUACACACACGAGCCUAGCGCUGUUCUAAAUGUACCAGUCACCAAGCCAUCCGAAUCUGACAGACAGAGUAACGUGUUGGAGGAGUUGAGCCGGUGUGGGCUGCAGCAGCACACAGUGCAGCAGCUGAUGGAACAGGCGACGCUGGGCAAGAGUGCGCUCAGACACCUCGACAUGAGGGACUACUCGUACAGCUGGAGGUCCUGAUGACCUCCUGAACCUGUGCAAUGUGACUCCACAAUAAGUCAAACACUGCCUCUUAAUAAUUCAAAAGGUUAAUCGUUUAACCUGAUGUGUUUUUGUUUUAGUUCAUUUAGCUGGCAGUAGUUUAAGUUGUUAACAUAUGACUGAGUGUGUUGGUGUUUCAUUACGGGUGAAUGUGUGGAUGAAAAUGUAGCUUUACAUAAUGAAGAGGUGGGCAUUUCAUUUUAAUCUUGUGUGUGGAAUUGUGUGUAUUGUAUAUUAAAUGAACUGUGUUUUAAGUGUCA